AUGGCUCAACAUCAACCGCCAAACAAGAAAGCGAAAAAUAUGUCUAUUCUCUCAUUCUAUCAAAAGAGAGGCCAAAUGAGGGACAAUUAUCAAUCGAAAAAGGAUAUACCUAGUGCAUCUAACAUUGACAAUGAUCUUGAUUCGCAACCUCCUGCCCUAUCUCAAGUUGUUGAACCCAAGCAACUCCACUCCACUUCUAUUGAAAGAGAUCCCGAGUUACCAUUGCAAGGAAUUGGUUUUAGAGGCCAUGAUGAAAGUUCAAGUUCAUUAAAUAGAGGAAAUUUUAUUGAAGCGUUAAAGUAUAAGGCAGAAGGAAAUGAUGAACUCUCAAGUGUUAUCUUAGACAAUGCUCUACAAAAUGCCCAAUACAUUGCUCCAUCGAUUCAAAAAGAGAUUCUUCAUAUUCUUGCAAACAAAGUGAGAAAAAUGAUUUGUGAUGAAAUUGCGGGAGGCAAAUAUUGUAUUCUUGUUGAUGAAGCACAAGAUGAGUCUAAAACGGAGCAAAUGGCUCUUGUUUUAAGAUAUGUCAAGCAUGAUGUGACGCUUAAGGAUGCAAUAUCUGAUAUUCUUGUUCGGUUCGAUCUUUCAAUUCAAAAUUUGAGAGGCCAAGGGUACGAUGGUGCGAGUAAUAUGCGCGGCGAAUGGAAUGGAGUACAAGCAUUAUUUCUUAAAGAGUGCCCAUUUGUUUAUUAUGUCCAUUGUUUUGUUCAUCGAUUACAACUAGCAUUAGUUGCAGCAACAAAAGAUGAGCCAAAUAUUUGGCAAUUCUUAUCUCACCUGACUUGUAUUGUCAAUCUUGUUGCUUCCUCUCCCAAACAUCUUGCUGAAUUAAAAUCUUUUCAAAGGGAUGAGAUUGCACGUAUGUUGAGCGUAGGUGAACGCCAAUCUGGUAAAGGGGCUAAUCAGAUUGGCACCUUGCAUCGAGCUGGAACUACUCGUUGGAGCUCACAUUACGAUUCUGUAAGGGAUUUGAUUGAUAUGUAUACUGCAUCCUGCACAGUUGUUGAAAAUCUUAGAAAAGAUGGGCAAACUCAACAGAUACGUGGGCAAUCCUUAGGUGUUUACAAGGCAAUGAGAAACUUUGAAUUUAUAUUUAUCUUGCACCUAAUGGAUAACAUUAUGGGAUUCACUGACACACUUUGCCAGGCCUUGCAACACAAAUCUUAA